AUGCCGCGAUACAAUUCGAUAGGAUUCAUCAUAUUGGCAGGUACACGCUCUGUCGUGGGCAUCGGCUGGCAGAAUGAAGCCAAUGUGUCGAUUUGCAACUGGGCUCAACUUCGCGCAAACAUCAUUCGGGACACAAUAUACCUCGAUGGAGGAGAUAUAUGGUGGCAAAUGGGACUGUCUGAUGGAAGUUAUGGGAGUCCUGAAAGGGAUGAUGAAGAUGGCGGGUUGAUGUACAACCUUAGCCUUAGCCAAGCUUUUAACCAGCAAACAAACUUGACAAGCCUGGUCCAGGCGAUGGCUAAAAAUGGAGGCACCUCAACGGCCAAUGUUAACCCGAAUUACGAAGAUGGGGUUAUGUUUGCGAAUGACAAUGAGUUUAUUCUCUAUGGAGGUUUGCCUCGAUUGACCAAUAGCGAGAAUCCUCCCCCCACAGAUGUGGUAUUGGGAUACGAAGAAUUCGAGUAUUCAACGAUAAUUCCGAAUUGGGGCACGGGAUUUAUACAAAAGAGUACUGAUAAUGGCGUUACCCGAUAUAUUACAAAUGGUGCCGGUGUCUCAGCCCCGAGCGAAAACCUAGGGUUCUAUUUCAGUGGAAUGCGUGGGCCACGCUGGGGGGCAAUUGAAGGAGGCGAUGGCUCGGCUAAUACAACCUCCAAUAGCUUUAUUACCGUAAAUAUGACUACGAUGAGGCUUGAAACAUGGCAAAACCUUACAUUGCCUUCGACUGUCACCGGGAGAGCAAACGCGGAACUGGUGUGGCUUCCGGUUUCCGAUUCUGGGGUUUUGGUUGCGAUCGGGGGAGUGAUUAACCCUGAAAUAUUAAAGGCAGAUCGAAAUUUGACAGUUGAUGACGCCAGAGCAAGCAACAACACGAGCCCCACGUUCAUGACGGAAAUUCCGGUUUAUGAUGUUGCUUCUCAAACUUGGUAUCUUCAGAAUGCUACUGGUAACAUCCCACCUCAGUUGACGAUGUUCUGCUCCGUUGUCGCGCCUUCAGCAGAUAGAAGCUCGUUCAACAUUUACAUCUACGGAGGUUAUGAUGGUGUCGACCCUGAUAGUCCACCAUCAGAUGACGUAUAUAUCCUUUCGAUUCCAUCAUUCACAUGGAUUAAAGCCUAUUCAGGUAGUUACUCUCAUGGUCGCAGCGGACACAAGUGUUUGAGGGUUUAUCCGAAUCAGAUGUUUGUUCUCGGCGGCAUAUAUAAGAACGAUCCAACAAUUUGUCUGGACGGAGGAUUCAUACAAGUAUUCAAUCUGAAUACUCUUCAGUUUCAAGAUGCAUAUAGUCCGCAAAACUGGAGUAAUUAUUCGGUACCACUAGCCGUUACUUCUCAAAUUGGUGGAAGCGCAAAUGGCGGUGCCACGAGGAUGUGGCCUGCUUCAUGGAAUAACAGAAGUUUGUCACAAGUAUUUUCAAGCCCUUAUUCACGACCUCUAAGCACCCAUUACCCUUAUCCUUUGAAAACAACGAAUUUGACGGUACCACCAGGAGCCUCAAGCUCGAUCGAAAAUAGUACAAUGCCAUCUUGGGUCAAAGGAAUUAUCGGGGCAUUGACUGGACUUGGCAGUAUUCUCGUUGGAAUUACUAUCUGGUUCCUUUGGCGACGAUAUUUCCCACACAGGAAAUUGGAUACAACGACUGCAUCGAGUUCUUCCAGAGUUGGAAAAAGCAACCCAGAUGUCUCAACGACCACUGAGGAAAUCAAGACAAACUAUUCCUCUUCGGCAAUUUCACCGAUGACCGACAUAUCCUCCAUUAGCCGAGACAAAGAACUUGAAACAGCCAAUACGCCAAUAAGCCCCGAGACUACCAUGAGCCAAGCCGAUAGUUCGCCAAUAUUUGAACUGGACUGUGAGUGUGGGUUGCCAUGA